AUGCACAACAUUCCGUUGAAUAUUCAAGAGUCACGAUGCACCGGCCAGAACCGAUGCGUUAGGUUGCGUAGGGAAGCAUCUACCAACAUGUCGCACGUGUGGUUCAUAUUUAACAGCCUCUCGUUAAAAGAAAUUCGCCUAUUAGUAAAACAUUAUUAUGUUAAAUCCGUUGCCAGCUGUGCAAAACGUGUGUCGGUACGUAAGAAAAAAUUAACUAGAAAGAAGAACGGUAAAUAUUUUGAACUAAGCGAAAAUGCACGGGCCUACGGAAAGUCAUUAGCAUUCAUUCUCAAGGACUUUUUAUGUCGUCACAAUUCAUUCCAGCGCCAGAUCAUCAUCAGGUUGUUAUUGAAGUCAGGCGAGUUAACUUGA